AGUGUCCCUUUAAAAGGGCGGGAGGAAUCACGUUUUUGUCUUUUUAGACUUGGGCUAGGUGACGCAAGCUACCGCCCGUUACAUAGGGUAGCGCAAUUAAAAUCCAUCCAUCCAAUGUGUAAGCAACAAACAAAAUGGGUUCCUUCAGGUUGUGCCGGUCGUGGAUUUUCGGCGUGGUUUCUGGUGAUGGCUCAGUUUUCAGAAGUCUCAGCGCGAAAUCUUACGCAACAGCGGCUCACAAGGCCAAGGGGCGGUCUGGCGCCUCGGGCAAAGAGAGGGCGCUGCGGCACUUUGACGAGUUCUACAGCGGCGUGUAUGGGACAGAGUGGCCCUCCAUCCGGCUGGCGCUGCUCUGCCCGAACAAGCCAUGCGCCGUCCUCAACUCCUUCCUCGGGACGUCGGACGAGACGCUGCGGGACCUCCAGGCACAGGGAGCCCUGAGUCUCGGCGCACUUUACGAGCGGAGACGCACGGCGGCCUCUGCACCUCCGGAGCGCUCCGGGAGCGGCCUAGAGCUCCUGGAGCCGGAGGAGCAGCCAGAGCAGCACGACCCAUCCGCGGUGAUGCCCUUCGAUGACUCGGCGCGGCUGAUCCGGCCCGGCUCUUCGCUGACGGCCGGCGGCGGCAGCCCGCUGCUCAGCUUUGUGCCGAGCACCCGCACGGUUUACCAGGAGGAGCAGGUCAGCGAAGGAGCCUACUACGACUUCUACCGUCCCAAGGCGGGCCUGAGCAUCCCGCUGAAGCGCUGGGAAGGCUGCCGCUUCCCGGAGAAGCUCACCGUCGCCCUCUUCGGCACGGGAGACCUCUCCGAGUUUAGGCGGCCACGGAGGAGGGCGAACGACCUGCUGGAGUACUACCUGAUGGACGGGGCGUCCGUCCUGCCGGUGCUCGCCCUGGACCUCCAGAAGGGCGACGUGGUCGGGGACUUCUGUGCCGCUCCGGGAGGCAAGCUCCUCGCCACGCGGUUCACCCUCUUGCCAGCGCGGUGUGAGGCCUACGACCAGUCUCCCUCGAGGCUCAAGCGCCUGCAGGCGGCGGUGCAGAGCUACGUUCCGGAUUCGCAGCUGGGUUCAGUGCAGAUCCAGCAGAAGAACAUCCUCGAGCCUAACAAGCUGGCCAAGGACUCCUUCGACAAGAUUCUGUUGGACGUGCCCUGCUCCAACGACCGCCACUCUCUGGAAGAGGAUGACAACAACCUGUUCAGCCCCAAGCGCAUGGAGGAGCGUCUGGCCCUGCCCCAGAAGCAGAUGCACAUGCUCUGCAAUGCCCUGCAGUGCCUGCUCCCGGGAGGCAGCCUGGUGUACAGCACGUGCUCCCUGUCGCCGAUCCAGAACGACGGGGUGGUCCACAUGGCGCUGCAGCAGCUGUGGGAGACGACCCCGCUAGAGUUUGCCGUGGUGGACCUGUCGUCGGCCCUGCGGCCCCUGGAGGGCACCUUCCGCUUCUUUGGGGGCAGCCGCUACGGUUGCCUGGCCCUGCCCUACCUGCCCAACAACUUUGGCCCCUUGUACGUGGCCAAGAUCGAGCGCGUGCGCUGAUGACGCUUCGGUCCCCACUCCAAAGUUAACGACGGUCUCGGCGGCACCUUUACGGAGGGCCGUGCCACAGACGCGUGACGCCGGUGGGCCAAGCACCUCUGCUUUGGACUACGUCCCGAAAAAUGGGUGCGGCAUCGGUGUCCAUUACGCGAAGGACCGAUUGGCCUCGAAGACGCCACGAGUGUUGGGAGCAUUCACCGGUGGCCAUAGUUGUGCGCUCUGCAGCCCGUGGCGACUGUCAGCGUUUGCCAGAUUUUUCGCACCGUCGAACUGUUGUUUGUGGCAGACAACAUCUUGAUGACGACAAUGUGUAAAUACCUCCUGUGGUACUGCGUCAAAGUGCCAGCGUGUGCACACAAACCAAAACGUAGCCGCAUUUUAAUGCUCGCUCUCGUGACGGGAGGUCUAGAGACCAGUUCUUGCCGAACCCACGGGUGCGGGUUCUCGUUAAAAGACGCUUCAAAUUUUCUCUUCCCGGUGCAUCGCUAGAUUUGCCAAACCUCCACCUCACGACUUUGACUAACGGAGCGUGCGUAUCAACUAGAGUCGUUCGUGCAAGCUCACGUACCCAGAGACUAGUGUGUCGUUCGUCGAGUUACUCUUGUAAGGGAGGAGCUGCUUCUGUGAAGGAGGAGCCUGGUUUCAGACCUCACGUCUCUGCGCGACUGUCGGCUCGUGAAGGGAGCGGAGGCAUCGCGGUGCCGACAUCGCGGUGCUAGCAUCACGGUGCCUUUCCGGUGGUUUCCUCUUGGAAUGGGGCACUAGAAGCUCUUCUCAUUUACAAAAAGAGCAGUGCCAUUUGGCUCCACUGCUACAGUCUGGCAUACUGCAUGCAUCGGGGUACGGCCAACUGUUUGUGAAUGCCAAAUUCGUGCCGUUCAUUGUGCAAAGAGAAUAAAUCACCAUUGAACCUAAAUUCUGUUGUAUAAUCA